UUUUUUUCCAUGUUUCUUCGUUUUCACCUCCCACUUCCAAAACUUUCCUUCAUCUUCUCGUCUUCUUCCUCCGUUUCUUCAAUCAUUCAUCUACUUCUGAAGAUCAAAAUUAACAGAAUUUGGAUUAACGAGAAGAGAAAUUUCAACUGAUUAUCUUUCUCUUCGUUUUUUGUUGCGAAGAUCUCGUCUACUUUCCGCUUCACUCUGGUGUGCUGCGUUCUACGUGCUUUUGUUGGAAUCAGAACAUUCUUUUGUCUUUACGAUCGAGUUUAUGUGACGAGAGUUCCAUCUGAUCCGCCGUUUUACUUGGAGGAUUGAGUAUGAUUUGAUCGAGUGGGAUCGCGUUUGGUUUAGUUGCUUUUGAUUGUUUAGUAUGGAGGCUUUUCGGAAGCAAGCCAGCAAAUUCAGAGAACAGGUUGCCAAGCAGCAACAGGCACUGUUGAGACAAUUAGGGCAUUUUGGUACGGAAGCGAUCCUGGCUGAUGAAGCUGAAGUUCAGUGCCAUCAGCAGCUUCAGAAUCUUUACAAUUCCACCAGAGCAGCUAAGCAUUUUCAGAAGAAUAUUGUUCGAGGUAUUGAAGGUUUUAUUUCUUUGAGCUCAAAGCAAAUGGCGAUCGUGAGAAGGUUAGCUGACGAUUGUUGCAAAUAUGGAUCAAAUAAUCAAAGUAGCUGUCCUGCCCUUGCAACAGCUGUUCUUAAUUUCAGUACGUCCCAUAAUUCAAUUGAAGACGAGAGGGAGACUUUACUUGGAAUCCUGGUUGAUCAGGUAUGUGAACCUUUGCGGGCACAAAUAACAGGGGCACCUCUGGAGGAUGCUCGUCAUUUGACUCAGCGUUAUGAUAAACUGCGACAAGAAGUGGAAAUCCAGGCAGCCGAAGUUUUGAGACGCCGAGCUAAAUCAAGAGAUUCUUCUAUUUCAGCCGAGGGUGCCUCGAAACUUCAAAAUGCAGAAGUAAGAUUAACUGAACUUAAAUCUACAAUGGUGGCUCUAGGUAGAGAAGCAACCGCUGCUAUGCAAUCAGUUGAGGCCCAGCAGCAACAAGUAACUUAUGAAAGACUUCGUACUAUGGUGGACGCGGAGAGAUCUUAUCACCAAUAUGCCCUUACUAAUUUAGAAAGGCUGAAUGAUGAGUUAAUUCUGCUGUCGCAAUCAGAUGGGUCUCUGUCACAACCAACAAUUAGAAAUGGAGAAGAAGAUGAUCAGCCAUCUGAAUCCAAAGAUACGAAGUCAAAUGAGUCUGAUGCUCAUGGGCCUCUUGAUGAAAAUAAGGGCCACUUUAUUGCAAAAGUUAUCCACGCAUUUGAUGCUCAAGCAGAAGGGGAAUUAAGUUUAACCGUUGACGAUUACGUUGUGCUUCGUCAGGUGUGGCCUAACGGAUGGUCCGAAGGAGAAUGCAAAGGAAAAGCUGGAUGGUUUCCUUCUGCAUAUGUAGUGAAGCAAGAAAAGGCACCGACAAACGAGUUAUGCCAAGUACAAUCGACUUCUCGAUCCUUAUCUCGCUCUAAAUCCCGAUAAGGCUCCCUCACUAUUACAUUUUCUGUGUUCAUUGUGAUAUUUGUCAUGUUCAAUACCAACUCCUUUUCUUAUUCAUUUUUCAUAAAUGUGCAGAAGAAGAGGGUGUGUUUUUUGUGAAGUAAAAGUAGAUGGUCUGUAAUUUUUAAUAUAUCCCUCAAGCUCAGAUAAAGCCUGUCUGUAUUUAGUAUGUAUUAUUUAUUUCUAAAUCUAUUAUUUGGUUGAUUGAUUGAUUGAUAAUCCUUUUAAA